GUGUACGGGUGCAUCAUGUGUGCGUGUAGGGGAGGGGGGGUGGAGAAGAGUGAACCACUUCAGUUUGCUCGCGCUGGAGCCCGAUAACUACAGGAGCGUUUGUUGGAUGGAUUCGCCGUCCCUCCCACCUCACGCCGCAGAAUUUCAUUCACAGGACAGGUGACUGUGACGACGGAGGAAGAAGGAAAGAAAGGGACCCGAGUCGUCGUCCCCCCCCCCCCCCCCCAUCUCUCUCUCAUGCAUGGAGGAGAGGGGAGCCGAAAGUAUCUUGAUUUCUCUCCUGCGAUUUUCGCGCGUGGUUUGCCCUUCUCUUUGGCUAAAAGCGAACCUUUACAGACUGAAGCAGAGGGCUGGAUUUGAACAGACAGAGCAGGGAUCAGCAGGAGUGUCUGUGUGUGAGACUGGAACUGGAUCCAUCUUAUCCUCUGGCACUCCAAAUAGCGCUCGUCCGUUCAUGAAAGUGAAGUCCGGCAGACACAGACUCCAGUGCCAGCAGAUUUUUCUUCAGAGGGCAGGACAGACUGAGGCGUCCUCUUGCUGCGUUGUGCUCUGCACGCGUAUGGUGCAGGUGUGGGUACCUGGAGCAACCGGAAUCGCGGUGGGAGAACUUGUUUAAUGGGCCCCAAACCUCGGGAGCACCCCGGGAUGGCGUGCAGCACGUGUUACUACCUGGUUAUCAGCUCCACUCACCUAAGCAAUGGACACAUUCGGCGCGUCAAGGGGGUCUUCAGAGGACCGCUGUGCGCAAGCAGUGAUUCACCGGAAUGCACAGAGAGAGCUUUGGGUUGCUCAGCAGAGGAUCUGAAGUCGCUUUUCUACUGUGAGCUGUGUGACAAGCAGUACCUGAGACAUCAGGAGUUUGACAACCACAUCAACUCCUAUGACCACGCACACAAGCAGAGACUGAAAGAGCUCCAGCACAGAGAGUUUGUUCGCAAUGUGGCCUCAAAAUCUUGGAAGGACCAGCGCAAAGAGGAGAAGGCUCUCAGGCGUCUGCACCAGCUCGCACAACUGCAGCAAGAAACCCAGAGAAUCCCAAAAAAGGCGUGUGAGUUGCGACAGCAAGAGGACCAAGGUCCUGAGGAAAAACCUGAAAACUUUCGCUUCACACAACAAACCUUUGCUUCUCAACACAGGACUCAAAGCAUUCAGUCAGAAGUUUCAUGCCGACCUCUUUUCCAAAAACCUAUUGCUGCAGCCGAGUCCCCGCUGAUCACUUCCACUGCUGAUACAAGCCCUCCUGCAGUGCAGAGCCAGUCUUCCCACAGCUUGUGUCCCAAGCUGCCUCUCCCUACACAAGGGAAAGUGGGAGGCAGGCUUGGAGUAUCCUUCUGCUUUUCACGCAGAGGGCCCCGACUGGAGCCUUCUGCCUCUGUCUUCUCCGACCUGGAGGAAGAAGAGAGGGAGAAGCGAGAGCAAAUAAAAGAAAGAAUAAAAGAGAUAAUGGAAGAUAUCGACAGGGAAAUUGGGGAGGCUGAUGAAAGGAAACGCAGUGUGAGUGCAAAGAAGGACCAGUCGAGAUCUAAUUGUGUCUCACUUCGUGACAUUCAGCCUGUCCCAGAAGGGGGGAUGAGAGACCUGAUGGAGAAGACAGACAAAGAGGAAGACAGUUUCCCUUUUUCCAGAACUGCAUUUGACAAUCAGAUCCGUGACACAAAAUUACAGACAGAAGUGACUGUGUGGGACACGCCGUUGGGCCGCAUGGACAUAAACCACAAAGAAAUUGAGGCUGGGAGAAAACAAGGAGCACAGACUAAGAGGGAGGAGAGUUCGUUUGUGUCUGUUCUGGGGAAAGAUGAUUCAACUCAUCUGAGAUGGCCUGUCAGUUUGCUUAAAUUCACCAAAUCUCAGCCGCACGUCUCUUACAGCUGCAACCCGCUCUGCAUGAACCUGCAUCCACCUGAGAAACUCACAGAGGAACUACAAGAGUCACAACAAAAUCAAUUGGGGGCUUUUUCAGAUGAAUCAAAUCCCUGUCUACCAGCUGCUCCUGCACCACAUGCUCAUUCCCAUUUGCAAACGAAGGCAAGACAUGAGCAGGGUGCACACGAACAAGAAAAUAAUAAGAUUUAUAAUCAGGAAGAGAACAUCGAUGAGCAGCCAGAAGCACAUCUGAUCCUUAAAAACAAAUGCCUUGCAUGCUUAGUUACAAGACCACAAUGUGGUGAUGAAAGAGAAUGCAGAACAAGCGAGGGGAACUGUGAGAGGGCAGCUUUCCAUCCAUUUGACCCCACUCAGACUGACAGCUCUGGUACAAACUCCACAAAUCCUCUGGGAGGCAGACUAAAGGAUGAAAAAAGGAUCAGGAGGAGAGCCAUCACAGCCCUGAGCUGUAAAUUAGAAUCUGUCACCCAGCUGGCCACGCAGGGGACAUGCAUCAGCCCAUCCAGGUGUGAUUACAGGAGUGAGACAAUGAGCAAGUGUGCCAACACUCCAAUGCCAUGCGUGUGUGUCCCAAAAGUGUCGCCCAGAAGGAGGAAAAAACACACCAAGAAGCACAAACUGAGAAAGACAAAGCAGACUGAGGGGAGAAAGGCUUCAAAGAAGCAGCAGUCGGUAAAGUGCAAAGUUAGAAGUGUUGUCUCUGCAGUUUCUGCUGGAUUACAGAGCAGAGAAGAAACUGGGGGAAGCUCCGGAAAGAGAAGGAGGCAAAGAGAAAAGAGGAUGAGGAGGGUGGCUGUAGCAUGGAGCCACUGUCUCCCGGGGAGAUGUGAGGCUGAGCCAGUAUCUGUCUCUGUCAGGAAGCGGAGGCCUCAUAGGAACCACAACACUGAAUUCAAGUCACAGCAAGGCAGAGCGCAGGCAGAGCGCUCCGGCAUCCACUCUCAACUCAGCAGACACGCAGCAAACAGGGGUAAUAAGGGGGUGGGAAAUACAGAAGGAGAUGGGGGGACUUUUCCCUGGCGGUCUCACUUCUCCUCGCACUCCUUUUCACCAGGUUGUAACUCAAAGCCGUUUUGGGAAAGGGGUCACCAUAGCAACCCCAGGAGUUUCAUUGACUGCUGUUACCCUGACAACAGCUGUGGUAGCAGCCCACCAAAAAGGAGAAAAGUUCUCCAUGGGGACAGGACAUUCAUUCAUAAUAAGAGGAACUGUGAAGUCUGGGAGGACAGGGGAAGGGAAAUAGCAGGACAUUCAGGCUACAGAGACAGAGACCUGAUUUCAGAUACAGGGCAGUGGGAGUGGAUGAGGGGGAGCUGUGAAGAUGAUGAUGAGGAAGGUAAGUCAAGGACUGCCUGGAGCCUAAAAAACAGUUCAAUAGAGUGGGAUAAUGUGGAAACAUUUACUCCUAGUCCUGACAGCUGGCGUAGGACAUGCAGAAACUAUAGCACAGAAGAUUUAGACUGGGACAGAAGGAGCAUGGACAGGUGGACAUGGGGCAGCAGUGACAACUGGGAGGACAGGGGCACAUACAGGUCCCUUUCAGGGUCCAGGAGGAGCACAGAAAGCAGGGAAAGUCCAUGCAGCAUGUGGCGAUGCACAGUCACCAGAAAGUCCAGUUUAAAACCGUUUUCGAGUCAUGAAAGCUGGAGAAAGAGACGUCGCCAUCAGAGUGUGAUCAGGACUCAGAUCAGCCAAAGCCCACGCUCCUGCAGCCCAUGCAGUAGCACCAACACAUCUGAGCUGAGCAGUGAAUGGAGCAGGAGCAGCACUUUUUCGGUGGACAGUAUGAAUGGGGUGAGGAUCAGCUCAUGCAGGAUGUCCUCACACUCUGCUGAAAAAAAGCACAGCAGCCCCUUAUCCUCCUCAUAUGCCCUUCCCUGCAUCUCAUCUCAGUCCCCUAUCCGUGCAUCGUCUCCAAAAAAUUCCAACCUGACAAUGAAACACUGUGAAAGCAGCUCCCCAAAGCUCAAAGAAAGGAAUUCACAACCAGACUGCUCCCCUCAGCUCAGCACCCAUGUCACACCAGGCAGCUCAGACAAAACUCUGACAGCCCUGUGUCCCACUAAGACUCUGGCCCAAAAGCCUGCGAGAAUAUUGGUUUUCCCUCUUAUCGGAAAACUUCCGGCAAUACAGAGAAAGGCGAGAGGAAUCAAAGGACUGUUGGAGAAAAGUCACGACAGGCAGAAAGGCGAGAGCCAGCAAGAGGAUCUCGGCACAACUUUUGACCGUUCAACACAUGCCUUGGAUGAUCCAGAUCCCAGCACUUUGCCAAAUCCUGUGAAGCAGAUUAGGACCUGUGACAAGCGGACAGGUGGAGAGACCGCUCAACCAAUUAGCUUUUCGGCUGCAGAGAUGGACAAAUAUCGUCUGUUACAGGAACAGGCAAGAGAGCACAUGCAGAAAGUCUUGGAAACAGAACACGAGAGUGGAGAUGCACACCUACAGAUGGACUCUACCCCCAACUUUGAGCCAUUGGGCGACCACUACUAUUCUGCAGGUUUGCAGGUCCCUGCAAAGCCAGAUCAGUUGUUGCAUAAAGAAUCAAUGGAAAGACAUGUUCACCAUGCUCUCCAUAACAGUCUCCCCGCCCCACACUUGAGCCCACAAGAGAACAUCACACAAUCAAUGGCUCUGGAAGUCCCUAACCUCCCCCCUCUACCACCAAUCUCCAAUCUGCAUCAUGUCAUUUUCCAACACGCAGCUCUCUCCAUGCCCCUGCACUCGUCCUCCGCUUCCAGCUCUUCCCUCUCUCCUGCUUUCCAUCCACAUCUGCCACCUCACCCUCCUUCUGUCCCAAAUCCCUUUGCCCUCCCUCCCCUCUCCAUCUCUUCCCUGUUUCCCUCCCUCCUGCUCUCACAUCACCCCUUCUCUUUCCCUCACCAAUCCCCGGUUUUCCACACGUCGGCGCUCACCCCGCUCUUCCCUGUAGGCCUUCAGCCGCUGAACCCGCAGCCUUUCAUGGACAGAUCGUGGCCGGGGAGGUUUCAGCAGAAGGCGAUAUGAUUUCUUUCAGAGUGCCUUCCACAUUAAUUAAUCUUUCCUGGCAAUGCUGAUCACAGACAAAACAAAAUGAAAUGGUUCACAAGAGAGACAGUUUUUUUUUUUUAAACAAGGUUGUGUCAGUGCUUUUUGACUGUUUUCAAACGAAAAUAUUUAGCGCGAGCUGUGCUGCGCUGGAGAUGACAAGCAAGGAAACAGACUUUGAUCCUCUCUGUUUUCCAUCAGUCCUCAUUUCGGGCCAAAAUAAUGGGAAACGUACACCUGGUAUUCAAAGACAAACUGAGCGGUGUUAACCUGUCUCUUUCUUUUAAAGCCACAGACAGGCCAGCUGCUGUUUGAAGAAGCCUUCAAGCCAGGGACAGAGCAACAAGAGAAAGUAACAAUACUCGCCCCUCAUCUCCAUUUCAUGCAGGUCAGCUGAGUUGGUGUAACUUUUAGCAGACUAAUAAGUAAUGUACCAGAGGCCAAAGGGGCUAAAAAAGCCAUUUUUACCUUAAUUGCAUAGGAACAUGUUUGUAAAAAAUAAGAGUAUUUCUGAACAGACCCCAUAUCACAUUAGAAGGAACAGCAGCUUCUUUCCAUGUGUGACUCAAGCAAAACAAACAGACAAAAAAACUAUCCUGCUCUUUUAUUGUACAUGUAAAAAGCCUGUGGUGAGAAAACUGACUGGAAACAUUAAAAUAUGUAUUUAACCACAACUGUUUGUAUAUUGAUUUUGACAACAUGUGGUUUCUGUGAUGAAAUAUUUUUUCACAGGUUUCAGUUUUUUUAGAAACCUAAACAAAUCCGCUGCUGAGGCACCAUUCAAUUCAUUCGAUGUGUUGCAUUAAAGCCUGAAUGAGAAUAAAUGAGCUUUAAUGUGUUUUUUUCUGGUUGAAGUAUUGUGGAUCACGCAAAGUGUUACAGCAACGUUUGAGUAAGACGUUGAUAAUUUGUGGCUAACGCCUUUAAAAAUGAGGCGUAGUAUUAUUAAAAAUCCUAGUCUGUAAAUGUUUUUGCUUCUAAAUACGGUGUAAACAAAAGUUUGAUCCCGCCAUAGCACUGGUAUUCACUGCAAAUGUUUGUGAAGUGCCUAAUCUUUCAACAAGCACAAAAAAAUACCAAAAAAAGUAUACCUUUGAAUAAAAAACUAGGGGAAUAAAGUUUGGUUUUUUUUGCUGCUUUAUGCAUAAAAAAUUGUUAUGCCUUUCCAAUUUCUUUACUUUUAUGCAAUGUUGGACCUUUCAUUACAAAAUCUGAGUCAUUUUGUCCAAAAACUUUCAUUACUUUGACCCCCUUUCAAGUUGUUUCAAGAAAUAAAAACACAGAUAAGUGGUUAGAAUGAAAACAGCCUAUUUGUAUAAUUAAUAAAAUGGAUGGCUUCUUUCUUGCAUGUCUUGCCGGGGUUAUGAAUGAUGGUAACUGUUGCUAUGCAUUCAAGGCUAGUAAAGCUGUUUCCCAAACAGUUGAAAGCUGCAGCGGCGGGCUCUAAGGGAACGGAACACAGAAGAGAACAGAGCCACAUCCAGAUGGUCUAUGGAGUCAGACUACCCAGAGUGCUUUGAGAAAUUGGAUUGAUUUGCCCUCUGUGAUACAAGUGGACAAAACCCAGAACAUGCAGAGAGGGAGGGGGAGGUUACAGCAGGGGUUUGACAUUAAUUCAGACACAAGAUGCAUGCUCCAUGUGCUGAUGGUUCUGGAUAGAAAUAUAAGUAAGCUUUAGCAACGACUCAAUAAUUACAGUGCAAGUCUGUCUAUACUGCUUGUGACCCUUUAGCUUGUGUGCGAGUUUAAAUUUGGCAGAAAUAUGGGAUCUGUAUCUUUCUCCCCAGGACCAGAGAUCAAACAGACUCUCUGAAAUAUAGAACAGCAAUAAUUAGCAGCUGUUACAGCAUCAAACUCCUCUAUCUCUACCUCUCAUUCUCUGACACACACAUGACCUGCUGCUCUCUUCAUUCUUCAUUUUUUUCAAAUCAGACAAAAAUCAUUUUGUUUUUUUUGUCAUUCUUGCAAAACUGAUAUCCAGGUGGAUGACAGUAAAUUACCAAAACCACCCCUUUUUUAUCUUUCAUCUUAUUUGAAGACUUUCCAUCUCAACCACAGAGAAAAUGAAAAAGGAAAAAAUGAAUUAAGGAUGGGGGGUUGUAUUUUAAAAAGAACUUUACUGUAACAUUCGAUAGGAUUUCAAGUCUCCCUUUCUCACAGACACACUGGGCUAUCUAUUCGUGCUGUGGUCAUGUGGAAAUUAGUAAUCACAAUAUCGCUGUACUUUCUGUCAGUGACUGAUUAAACCAUUACCUAAGCCCUGA